AUGGGUUUGGUAGACCUGCCAAUUUCAGACCGUAAGUUUACAUGGUUCAGAGGUCAGUCAUGCAGCCGUAUCGACAAAGCAUUGGUUAGUGUGGAAUGGCUUGAAGAAUUUUCGGAGACUCGUUUGAGAGGUGGUUCACGAGGACUGUCAAAUCACUGCCCUAUCAUAGUGGAAGAGAAGAGACUAAGAGAUGGAUCGAGGCCGUUCCGAAGUCUGGAUUCAUGGUUUACUCAUGAAGGGUUUCUAAGAAUGGUCAAGGAGGAAUGGAGAGGAUUGGGAGAGAUGCAAUUCACCGAUAAACUGAAGGCGUUGACGAUUGCUUUGGGGAGAUGGCACAGAGACAACUUUGGUGAUAUGGACAGGAAAAUUUCGAAGUUUGAGGAAGAGAUCCAGAAGAUUGAUGACAUGGUUGGCAAUGGGACCUAUGAUGAGACAGUAGAAGCAAGAAGAAAGGCGUUAGUGAAGUGCUGUGAGAAAUGGAUUGAUACACUAGCUGUUAAUGGAAGGUUGAUAAGGAAUCAAGCUAGGAUUAAAAUUGCCAUCAGGGAGUUUUACAAAGAAUUAUAUCAUCAAGAGAGGUCCCCUGAGGUGGGGUUCAGAGAUGGUCUGGUGGAAAGGAUCAGCGAUGAGGAUUCUCUUGCUUUAGAGGUGCUACCGUCACCUGAGGAGGUUAAAGAGGCAGUAUGGGAUUGUGAAUCGUCCAAGGCCCCAGGGUGUGACGGUUACAACAUGAACUUGAUAAAAAAAGUGUUGGAAUGA